AUGACCCCUUCAAUUGACAACGGUCACCCCGUAUUCCUUCCGGGGCUCGAAAUACGACACAGAUGGGUUCAAGAUGGCUGUGGACGUGGAUCGGGUGAUUUCCUCCCUCACCUUGGCGGGCAGCGGUCUUUCGUGCUUAGCGACGACUUUUGUUCUGAUUUCGUUCGUUAUAUACCGUCGGCAUUUGCGGAGCUUUCGGCAUGUUCUCGUGUUGAACUUGGUGGUAGCAGGUGCGCUUUCAUCCCUGACCGCAAUUCGCGUCGCCCUUGGAGAUCCAUCGCUCACAUAGUACCAGAGUUCAUCAACACCUUGAACAAUUCCGUGUCGGGCAUCAUCUUUCUCAAGACAGGUGAACUGCAGCCCGGCACACCAUGUGCCGUUAACGGCAUGGUGGGACAGUUCUCGGUGCAGGCAGCCGACUUUUCAAUCCUCGCCAUCGCCCUUGUUACCCUUCUCACGGUAACACGCUUCGUGUACAUGCCAAGCGUCUCGACGAAAGGAUGGAUCCUGACCUGUCUUGCUGUCUGGACUAUUCCACUCAUUACCAGCCUCACUCCGACAGCACUUGGCGAGAUGGUGCCUGUCGGCGGCAAUUGGUGCUGGAUCUCUGCUGGCCGACCUGAUCUUCGUUAUGGCAUGGGCCAUGGUUGGCGAUUCCUAGUCAUCCUCUCUACUAUUGCCAUCUACAUCUACAUCUGGGCGUAUCUACGACGACACUUAGGAUCGAAGAUAGUUGACCAAGGGUCAUCAUCUUACGACACACCUUCUACCGGAACGAUGGGCUCAUUUUGGUCAAAAGCUGGGAGGAAGGGAGGGUUCCAAGUCAUGAAGGAUGAAGAGGUCGAGCUUAGUACCUUUGGCGACGGAUCGAACACGGCAAAUUCGCGACGAGAGAUUAAUGAUGACGAGAUACGGAGCAGCAACAAAGAAGAACUGGCCGGCCUGGACUUGGAGGCCGCAGAGGAGUCAGGGUCUAGCUCCACCAGGCCACGGAGAAGGUCGACGCGUCACAUGUCAUCUGCGACCAGAAAGGAAUUGGGACUACCAACUCCAGCCCACGUCAGGUAUGACGACGCAUCUCCGGUUGGGAGACAUGGCCAAGGAGCCACGCUGCAGACCAACGCAAGCGAGUUCCCCAUACGACGAGACACUCACGAAGUCGAAGUCGAAAUCAAGAGGAUGAUGCUUCUCAACGCGUAUCCCUUCAUGUACGUUCUUUUGUGGAUGCCGGGGCUUAUCAAUCGCAUCAUGGAGGCUUCGGGACACUCAACCAGCAAGACGACUAUCGCGGCUCUGCAGAUUUCAACGCAAUACAUCGGGCUGGCAAACGCGUUGACUUAUGGAUUUAAUCAUCACCUGCGGGAUAGACUAAAGGGAAUGUAUUUGACGCCAGCGGUUUCACGGAUAAAGAAGAGGUUUGGGAGGUAA